AGAGGUUCCUCAUUUUAAGCAUCUUAGUGGUCUAGGGACCUAGGAAGUAGGAUCUGUUAAAUGUUAUGGAGGUGGUCACUGUCGGUCAGGACGGCGUUAGCGUCGUUUUCACUACGCUUGUCAAUGAGAUUCUAUAAUUCUUACAGUGCUGAGGCCUAUGCUGCGCCAACUUCGUGCACAAUCAUCGGGCCAUUUCCUGUUGAAUGGGUCCAGGGGUAUCUUUUCAUGUUACCUGAGUACAUUUCUCACGAGCGUUUAGUAGAUUUGUGCCAUUCGCUAACCAUUGCCCCGAAAUGUGUUGGUAGUUAUCCCUAGUGUCUUUCUGUUUGAGCAUCCUAGCUGCUGUAUGAAAGUUAUCCUUGCCUUCUGCUACCGCGACGCGGGCUAGUGGUUACUAUUUCGUGGUAGGGCUCGGAAUGCUUAGGGGGGCUUCGGAAAGGCUUGUUUCUUCAUAAUUUCAAUGGUGGUCCUUGGCCACUUAGGGCGAGGCCAAAUGAGGGAAGAGAAAAUAGUACUCUCAAUGCCACAUGUUCCUAUCAGCUUCCGAGGUAUCUAAACCAUUGAAACUCUGC